AUGGGUAAUAUCAUCUAUUGCUCAGAACUUCAAGGAAGAACUUUAAACUUCCGCCACGAACCCUCCAGUCGAGUCGAUUUCACAAACUCUAGUGGUACAACUGUACUUUGCACUGCUGAUGGCCAGCCAGUACCAGUUAUUCGUUGGGUAAAGCAUGAUGGAGAAGUUCUUCAAGAUUUACCUGGUCUAAGAUACACGCGUCAUGAUGGCUCUCUUGUAUUUGAGCCAUUCUCGAGCGAAGAAUACAGAGCAGAUGUUCAUGCUUCUAUUUAUAGAUGCGAAGCUUCGAACAGAGUUGGCGUCAUUGGAUCAAGGGAUGUUCACGUGAGAGCGAUUGUGUUACAGCGUUAUGAAAUUAGAUUAUUUGAUGAAUUUGUCUUAAGAGGCAAUAUGGCUGUUCUUCGCUGUCCUGUUCCUAGUUUUGUUUCUGAUUAUGUAAAAGUUACUUCAUGGGAAAGAAUUGAUGGAUUUUUAAUAACUCCUGGAAUUAUUAGCGCCAAAUAUGGUAUGUUGGAUAACGGAGAUCUUUAUAUACGAGAUACGACGGAACAUGAUGGAUCUUAUAGUUUUAGAUGCCACACUGAAAAUGAGAUUACUAAAGAGAAGAAAUCUAGCAUGAAUUAUUCAAGAAUCAUUGUAACAGAACCUCAUCAUAAUCAGCCUCCAAGAGUAACAGGGAAGUUGAAUCGUGUAACUGUACCCGUAGGACAUCGAGCCACUCUUCCUUGCAUUGCUCAAGGAUAUCCAGCACCAACUUAUCGUUGGCAGAGGACUCAAGAAGAUAAAAGGCCACUUCCAGAUCAUUCUGUAUCCGUCAGCCAAGAAGGAGGUGUUCUGAUAUUUCAUAAGGCUCAGUUAAGUGACUCGGGUCGUUAUGUCUGCAGUGCAACUAAUAACCUUGGAGAGGACAAAAUAGAAACUGAUCUUAUCGUUGAAGAAGCUCUUCGCAUAACUAUUAUCCCAGAAGACUUGCGUCUUGAAGUCGGGACAACAGCAACCUUCAACUGUUCCGUAAUAGGGAAUCCACCAGGUACUGUGACAUGGAGAAAAGACAUGCUUACCGUACUACCCAGCCACAGGCUAAUAUUUCCCAAUCCAUAUCUGUUGCAAAUUAGACAAAUCAAGAGGCAAGAUGCUGGUAUUUAUCAAUGCUUUGUCCGGAGAGAAGGUCACUCUGCUCAGGCAGCUGCAAGACUUAUCAUUGGUGAUCUGUCACCCGUAAUAAAACUCGGUUUCCAGGAAAAAACAAUGCGUCCAGGGAGAUAUGUAUCCCUGACAUGCAUUGCCUCUGGUCAUCCAGAACCUUCUAUUAAAUGGACUCUUGAUAGUAUAUGGCCUUUAUCUACAAGACUGGGUGUCCUUAUUAGCUCUUAUCAGAUGAGCAAUGGUAAUGUUGUGAGUUCUGUAAACUUCACAUCCGUCGAUGUCACAGAUAGUGGUUUGUACACAUGCGAAGCAGUUAAUGAUGUUGGAUAUGCCAGUUAUUCAAGGAGGCUGAAUGUGUUCGGGCCACUCUUUAUUCGAACAGUUAAUAAUAUGUCAGCCCUUUCGGGAGAAAGAUUUCAAGCAAUUUGUCCUUUUGGUGGAUAUCCUUAUGAAUCAAUUGUUUGGAAGAAAGAUAACAGAAUUUUACCUAUCAAUCAAAGACAGCAAGUAUUCUCAAAUGGGACUCUGGUCAUCAGUGGUAUGCAGCCUGCAAUAGAUGAAGGAACUUAUAGUUGUGAGGUCAGUGGAGGACAAAGCAUAACUCCGGUCUCACGUUCUAUCAGGAUCAUAAUACGAACUAAGCCGAAAGUUGGAAAAUUUGCUUUUCAAGAUGAUUUACACGAGGGAAUGAGAACAGCUGUUACUUGUGUUGUAGUAGCUGGUGAUGGUCCCCUUUCGACGAGAUGGCUCAAAGAUGGCAUGCCAUUUGAUGAAAAGAAUCUAGAUGCAACUAUUUCUACUGGUGAAGAUGGCUUUGUGUCAACUAUUACCAUAAAAUAUUUAAAAAAUAAACACAAUGGGAACUAUACUUGCAUUUCAGGCAAUGAUGUUUCAACCGGAUCUUAUAGUACUAUUUUACGAGUAAAAGUACCGCCAAGAUGGGUUAUCGAGCCAAGUGACACAUACGCUAUAGCUGGUCGAUCAGCCAUAAUUGAUUGCCAAGCAGACGGCGUGCCACAGCCACAUGUGCGUUGGAAAGUCGCCACAGAUCACCCUCCAAACAAAUUUAAAACAAUUGUCAGCAGUUCACACAUUCAUAUUCUAGUCAAUGGUUCUCUCAAUUUUCGAAGCGUUGAAACGACAGAUGCCGGGUUUUAUCUGUGUGAAGCAAAUAAUGGUGUCGAUUCUGGAUUGAGUACAGUAGUUCGAUUUACAGUUCACAGUCCACCACAAUUCUACUCAAAAUUCAUGGUAUUAGGUGCUAGGAGAGGAGAUAAAUGCGUUAUUGAAUGCAUAGCAAAAGGAGAUCAUCCAAUCAGAUUUUCUUGGAAAAGAAACAGUCAACUUGUUGAACCAACAGUUGAACCAAGAGCCUCAGAAAAAUUGUACGAAAGGGACACAGUUGUUCCAUCUCCAUCAAAGGGAUCAAGUAUCGGCUGUUUGAGUGCAUCAUCCUGUUUUCUUGACCACGGAGCUGACGUAAAGUAUCNAAUAGAAGAAAUAGUGGAUCAAGGUAUAAAAGCUUCUUUGGUUAUAGAAAAAGCCGAAAGAAAGGAUUCAGCUUUAUUUGAGUGCAUUGCAAUGAAUGAAUUUGGAGAGGAUACUAUGAAUAUACAAGUUACUAUAAAAGAUAUCCCCGAUGCUCCACAGAAUCUAGAGGUGCAUGAUAUAUCAAGCCGCAGUAUUAAACUUACCUGGGACAGACCAUUUGAUGGAAAUGCUCCAAUCAAUCAGUAUACAGUAAUGUGGAGGGACUCUGAUGAUAUUCCCGAUGCUCCACAGAAUCUAGAGGUGCAUGAUAUAUCAAGCCGCAGUAUUAAACUCACCUGGGACAGACCAUUUGAUGGAAAUGCUCCAAUCAAUCAGUAUACAGUAAUGUGGAGGGACUCUGAUGGUAAAACGGUUGGUGGUCCUCUUACGGUGCAUGGCACAGAAACAACAAUAACGCUAAGAGGUUUAAAACCUAAAACAAGAUACUUCUUCAAAGUGAAGUGCCUAAAUAGUAUUGGUGAGAGCCAAUAUGGUGCUGAAGUGGCAGCUACCACGUUGGAAGAACCUCCAAGAUUACCACCACACUCAAUAAAAGCUACUGCCAUUUCUUCAAUCAGCAUGAACAUCUCAUGGCAGGUGCCGCCAUCUUCAGAAGAUGAAUCUCGCAUCGAUGGAUUUUAUGUCGGCUAUAAACUUGUGUCCAGCAAAGAACCGUUCACUUUUGUCCCCGUUGACAAUGCACGCUUAAAUUCAGAACAAUUUUACGAACUAAGUAAUUUAAAUCGAAAUGUGGAAUACAGCUUCAUACUUCAGUCAUUCAACAAAAGAGGAGCUAGUCCGCCAUCUGAAAUCAUAUCCGCAAGAACCUUACAGUUUGAUAGACCAUUACCACCAAUAAUUAAGAAUCAUUAUACAACGUCAACUUCUAUAAAAAUUACUUGGGAAUACAGAAGUAUACCAAAUGCACCUGUAACAGAAUUAUGGUUGAAAUGUAGUUUUGUAUAUGUACUGUUCAUUUCAGGAUUUAUAUUGCAUCAUCGCAGUGAUGGAACUUUAUGGCAAGAAACUGUAAUUCCAGGGGAACGGACAGUUUACACAUUGCACGAUUUGUUAUGUGGGACAAAAUAUUACUGCUUUCUGGUCGCAACAAACAGUGCCGGAAGAGGAAAUGGGAGUGAAACAAUAUCCACUAAAACAGCUGGAAGUGCACCACUAGCUCCAGACAAAAGAGUUUUACUGUCAGUCAAUUCAAGUACGGUUACAGUCAAUCUAAACAGCUGGCAUAACGGUGGGUGUCCAAUCAGGUUCUACGUUAUCCAGUACAAAGUUAGUGGUCAGCAUGAAUGGACUUUGGUCAGCAACAAUGUGAUUCCAGAACAACAAACAGUUACAAUCACUGAUCUUGUGCCCGGUACUUGGUAUUCACUUUUGAUGACGUCAAAAAAUGACGCAGGCUCAACUGAUGCAGAGUACGUGUUUGCAACAUUGACACUUUCUGGAAAAUUUCCUCCUCGAUUAUCAGAAAGAAAUGAUUCACCUGCCUCAUUCUUUCGCCACUUGACUAUUACGGUACCUGUUGUCAGCUCUAUAAUCGUUCUUCUCUUUGUUAUUUGUGCAGUUUGUAUUAUAACUAAAAGGAGAUCUCCAAGAUGCCGACCACAAACUCAUAAUGGCUCAGAUAGCAAUAGUACUUUAAAGCAUGAAAAUAUUCCUCUUUCAACAAAUUAUGACAAUGCUCAAGAACCUGCUUACUAUCCCAUUCCAUAUGCAACUGGUAGAGUUCAAAAUUACGACAGAGAUCAUUACACAACAGCAGGCGAAGCUAAUCAACAAAAUCAUGGCACAAUAGGCAGCACAAGGAGUAGUUAUUUAUACAAAUCACCUGCUUCACCGAGAGCAGCGGAAAAGAAGGAAUGUAUUUAUGCUACCCCAUCAAUAAUAUCAACAAAUCAAAAUACAGGAAUGGAAUUAAGGAUGCGCCAAGAAUACGUCAUUUACGAAGCUCCAGAUAGAGAUAGGAGCUUAUUUUAUGAAGAUAAACUUUGGGUGCCUUCUUACAACGGAAAUUCAAGUACUGAAUCAGAGAAUGAAGCUGCUUUAUUUUCAUUACACCCUUCUGAAGAAAUAGAUUUCCCAGAAGAAACUAGAGAAUCUGAAACAGAGUGUGACAGACUAUGGAAAACAUAUGAAGUUCCAUCAUGUCAAAAAAUUAGCAGAUGGGAAGAAGGAUUUCGUGUUCUGAUAAAUUUCAUAGCUGUGAGUAAUUAUCUCACCAUCUUUAUGAAGUUUUGAAUGUACAACAUGAGUCAGAAAGAAUAUGGAACUGUGACGUCAACGCAAUUCUCCGUGGAUUCUGUUUUGAGUCCCGUGAUUCCCUCUCUGGUGCAAAAAAUAACUUCUAGUUUUAUUUUGGGAAAGAAAUAUUCAUUGUAUCACACUUGACUGUUACUAUUCGUGGAAGAUGUGAUGAAAUUUUAUAAAUAUAUCCUAUCGCCAUUUAUGAAUGUACAUAUUUUUGUUAAAUUAAUUAUUUGAUUAAUAAAUCCAUUUUCGCAACAUGUAUUUAUAUUUUGUACUAAUGUUUGUGAUAAAUAAGUUUAUAUGUAUUCAUCUGAAUGAAAAUUUGCUAUAAAUAAAAAGAAAGUUUUAUUUGA